AUGCCUGAAAUAUCCAUCAGGAAGCGGCCUCACUCAGAGGCGGUCGUUACCCAGCGCAAAUUCUUCAAAAAGACAGCAAGAGGCAAGGUAAUCAAAGUCAUACGGGAAAGAUACUUGCGAGAUGAUAUAGCGUGUGGAAUUGUCAAGUGUAAGGCGUGCUCACCAUUGACGGAUCCUGUUCUCGCUCCUUCUGGAGAUCCCUACCAUGCAUUGUUUCCAAAUGGCCAUUAUGUCCUACCGGACACAAAUGUCUUUCUGGCUCAGAUGGAUCUCAUGGAAUCGAAUUUGUUCACACCUCCAAUCAUUCUCCUUCAAACUGUUCUUGAGGAAGUUCGACACCGCUCUUUACCUCUCUACAACCGUCUAAAGGCACUCACAAAGACCGAAGGCAAGAAUGUCUGGAUAUUUUACAAUGAAUAUAGCUCACAAACCGCGAUUAUUCGCGAGGAGGACGAAAGCCCAAACGAUAGAAACGACAGAGGAAUCCGGAAGGCCACGGCAUGGUAUAACGAACAUCUCUCCUUAUCCAACCCACCGAUACGCGGAAGGCCGAAUCCAAAACUUCCAACAAUAGUCCUCAUGACAGACGACUUUGCGAAUCGGCAAAAAGCUGAGCAAGAGAACAUUCCUUGUAUAUCAGUUCGAAAAUAUGUAGAAGGGGCAAAUGAGUCUAGCCAGCUUUCGGAUCUCCUAUCCGCUGCUGGUUUAGAUGACAUCGAACCUACAAAGGCUGCCGUUCGCAGUGCCAUUUAUCCUGAUUAUAUUCCCACUGCUACAUUGGUAGCUGGUGUAAAAGCUGGCGAACUUCAUCAGGGUCCUUUCAACGCCAAUCAGUACAAUUAUUUGGAGGGAACGGUACCAGUACCCGCCUUCUCAAAGCCUGUGUUAUUAGUAGGCAGGGAAAAUAUGAACCGUGCCGUGCAGGGCGAUGUUGUUGUGGUCGAAGUCUUCGAUAAAAAAGAAUGGAAAGCGCCAGCGGAUGAGGUGGUAGAUCAAGAAGCAACCCUUCGUAAUGAUGAUGCUGAGGAUUCUGGCGAAGAAGGCGAAGACAAGGAAACUCUGGUCCGUGAACGUGAAUCUAAAGCCGUUCGAUCAGAAAUCAGCAAAAGACCUACCGAGAAGCAACCAACUGGGCGGGUCGUCGGGGUUAUUAAGCGCAACUGGAGAGCUUAUGUUUGUCAUAUUGACAGCACAUCACUCACAUCCACCAAUGCCACAUCUCUCUCACAGCAGACUGUCUUCGCUACUCCCGUUUCUCGUCUUCUUCCUCGGAUCCGCCUGAGAACUCGCCAAGCCCCUUCCCUGAUUGGCCAAAAGAUUCUUGUGACCAUAGACAGAUGGGAGAGCACAUCGCGAUAUCCGGAAGGCCACUUUGUUCGUGCUCUUGGUAAAGCUGAGAGCAAGGAAGCAGAGCAAGAAAGUUUGCUGUUGGAAUUCGAGGUGCCGUAUAGGCCUUUCGGGAAAGCUAUCCUUGAUUGCCUACCUUCAGAAGGAGAACAAUGGGUCGUUCCUCCAAAGAGUGAUCGUAGUCCAGAGUGGAGAGACAGAGAGGAUCUUCGUGGUUUAAUCAUAUGUAGCAUUGACCCCCCAGGAUGUCAAGAUAUUGAUGAUGCCUUGCAUGCAAGACGUCUUUCUAACGGUAACAUCGAAGCUGGCGUCCAUAUCGCUGAUGUCUCGCAUUUUGUCCAUUCUGACACCCCAAUGGACAGCGAGGCUGCAUCCAGAGGAACUACUGUCUACCUUGUGGACAAGCGCAUCGACAUGUUGCCUGCUCUCUUAGGUACAAACUUGUGUUCUUUGAGGCCAUAUGUCGAGCGGCUGGCAUUUUCCGCAAUCUGGGAAAUGACCCCUGAAGCAGAGAUAGUCAACGUACGAUUCACAAAGUCUGUGAUCGCCUCUAAAGCUGCCUUCACAUAUGAAGAAGCGCAAAUUCGCAAAGAUGAUCCUCAUCUACAAGAUGAACUCACCCAAAGUAUUCGCCUGUUGAAUUCUCUCGCGCAAAAGCUGAAAGCCGGAAGAAUGGCCGCUGGCGCGCUCAAUCUCGCAUCUCCUGAAGUCAAAAUCCAUCUGGAUAGCUCAGAGUCAUCCGAUCCUAUUGAUGUCGAGCAGAAAGAGAUGCGAGAAACAAAUAGCCUUGUCGAAGAGUUCAUGCUUCUUGCCAAUGUUAGCGUGGCAAAGAAAAUCCAAGACACUUUCCCUCAAACUGCCGUCCUCAGGCGGCAUCUGCCACCUCCCCGGACAAACUUUGAAAAACUACAAGAUAUCCUACAGAAGCGAAAAGGACUGACGCUAGAUGUCUCAAGCUCAGGUGCUCUCGCAGCAUCCUUAGAUAAAUGCAUCGAUGCCAAGGAACCCGCUUUCAAUACGCUUGUGCGUAUAAUGGCCACUCGAUGCAUGUUAUCUGCAGAGUACUUCAGCUCUGGCAGUGUAUCGCGCGACACCUUUGGACACUACGGUCUUGCCAGUCCCAUUUACACCCAUUUUACUAGUCCUAUUCGGCGAUAUGCAGACGUCCUCGCACAUCGUCAACUGUCAGCUGCAAUCGGCUUUUGGCCUCUGCAUGCUACGCUACAUUCAAAGGCGCAUGUUGAACGCGUACUUGAUGUUGUGAAUCGUCGUCACCGGAUGGCGCAGAUGGCAGGUCGUGCCAGUGUUGAGUUUUACGUUGGGUUGGCUCUCAAAGGGCGCGGAGAGAAGGGGACGGGCGAAGUUCGGGAAGAAGCAUUCGUCAUCCGAACAUUCAGAAACGGCUUGGGUGUUUUCGUAUCAAAACUGGGCAUCGAGGGACUUGUCAUGUUUAAACGUGACACACAAUUCGACGCUGAAAAUUAUACGAUCACAGUGCCAUCCACCACUGGAGGCAAAGAUGUAACCAUCUCUGUUUUCGACAAGGUUACAGUCGAUAUAGAGGUAGAGAAAGAUAAAAACACGCAACGAGGUCGUGUAAAAAUGACUCUCGUGAGUCCUAUAAAUUCUCAGAUGCUAUAGUAUUAGUAGGAUUGUUGUAACGUAGUAGUCUGUGCAAAUCCAUGACCUUGACAUCGAUCUGCACAGUUCCAACAU